AUGAAGAGAGUAACAUAUGCUUGUGAUGCCAGUAUGCCUCGUAAACGUGGCAUAAAUCCGAGACCUUCGGUGCAUUGGUGGAACGACUACAUCAGCGUUCUCCGUAAAGAGUGUCAUAAGAAAAGAAGAAUCUCUCAGCGCAACUAUCAACGGCCCAACUCAGUGGAGCUGAUCGCAGAGUACAAAAAGGCGUGUCGUGAACUGAAUAAAGCCAUCAAAGAGAGCAAAAGAAGAUGCUGGAAAGAGCUUAUAUACGAGGUGGAUAUGUUUAACAAAUACGAGGUGGCAUGUUUAACAAAUAUAAAUAAUGCUGUGAAGCGGGAAAGAAUAGGAGUUACGGAUAAUUAUUACGUGAAGCGUUCCAACAUUCACGUAACAGGAUUUUUUGGUAGAAAGGAUUGA